CCCCCUUGCAGCUGUCGAGUGGUAACGGUUCAGCAGGGGAGACUGCCAUUUUACACAGGGACUGCUAGCUAAAUUUCUAAAGUGAUCCACCGCAACUUAUUCACCUAUGUAGUAGUCAACUUGUUUUUCAGAAGUACUGUGUAAACUGCGUUACACUGCGACCAACAUCCAAAGGGCCUUUUUGUUUUUAGCACGAGUCAAACUAACAGUGGCGGAAAAAAACACGGAAGUGGUAGUGCAAGGCCCUGAAUGGAUAGCCUGGACCCUGAAACCCUCUAUGCGUCUCCAGAGCAGACUCAACAGUCCACACUCCCCCUCCCUUCUUUAGAGGUCUCCAGCGUGACACUAGUGGGUGGGAAGAAGAUGAAUGGGUCUCUGGACCAUCCCGACCAACCAGAUGUUGAUGCGAUUAAGAUGUUUGUGGGACAGAUUCCACGGUCCUGGUCCGAAGAGCAGCUGCGUGAGCUGUUUGAGCCUUAUGGAGCAGUCUAUGAGAUUAAUGUUCUGCGAGACCGCAGUCAGAAUCCACCACAGAGCAAAGGCUGCUGUUUUAUAACGUACUAUACUCGCAAAUCAGCCUUGGAAGCACAGAACGCCCUGCACAACAUGAAGAUUUUGCCUGGGAUGCACCAUCCAAUCCAGAUGAAGCCAGCUGACAGUGAAAAAAACAAUGCAGUGGAGGAUAGGAAGCUGUUUAUUGGAAUGAUCUCUAAGAAGUGCAAUGAAAACGACAUCCGACUGAUGUUCUCACCAUAUGGACAGAUAGAGGAGUGCCGGAUACUUCGAGGCCCUGAUGGACUCAGCCGGGGUUGUGCAUUCGUGACAUUCACAGCUAGACAAAUGGCCCAGUCAGCCAUCAAGUCCAUGCACCAGUCACAGACCAUGGAGGGCUGUUCAUCGCCCAUUGUGGUGAAGUUUGCUGACACCCAAAAGGACAAGGAGCAGAAGCGCAUGGCUCAGCAGCUGCAGCAGCAAAUGCAGCAACUCAGUGCUGCCUCCAUGUGGGGAAAUCUCACUGGGCUCAACAGCCUGGGGCCACAGUACCUAGCACUCUACUUACAGUUGCUGCAGCAGUCCUCCACAGGGAAUGCACUCAACAACCUGCACCCCGUUUCAGGUCUUAAUGCCAUACAGAACCUGGCUGCUUUAGCAGCAGCAGCAACUGCCACACAGGCCACGCCCUCAGGCUCCAGCGCCAUGACAACAUCUAGUAGCCCACUAAGUGCACUAACAAGCUCAGGCUCCUCUCCCACCUCCAGCAGCAACUCCUCAGUGAACCCCAUAUCUUCUUUGGGGGCUCUGCAGUCUCUGGCUGCUGGUGCCGGAGCUGGCCUCAACAUGGGCUCUCUAGCAGGCAUGGCGGCAUUAAAUGGCGGUCUUGGCUCCGGAGGCCUGUCUAAUGGCUCAGGAAACACCAUGGAGGCUCUGAGCCAGGCCUACUCAGGCAUCCAGCAGUAUGCUGCUGCUGCCGCUAUCCCCAGUCUGUACAACCAGAGUCUCCUGCCCCAGCAGAGCGUGUCGGCUGCGGGCAGCCAAAAAGAAGGUCCAGAAGGUGCCAACCUGUUCAUUUACCACCUGCCCCAGGAGUUUGGAGACCAGGAUUUGCUCCAGAUGUUUAUGCCCUUUGGAAAUGUCAUCUCUGCUAAAGUCUUCAUCGACAAACAGACAAACCUCAGCAAGUGUUUUGGCUUUGUGAGCUAUGACAACCCAGUGUCAUCACAAGCAGCCAUCCAGUCAAUGAAUGGUUUCCAGAUCGGUAUGAAGAGGUUGAAGGUGCAGCUGAAGCGCUCAAAGAAUGACAGCAAGCCCUACUGAAGGUGCUGAGGCACUGCAGACUUAGUUAGGCAGGGUGGUGUUAUGGUAAGUGGAGUAUUAAUAACCAAGACUGGUCCACAGAAACUUGUCUGUGCAUUACAGGGUGAUGUCUGCUGCGCUGCCUCUCCUGGUCAAUAUAACAUGUCCAGGCAAAGAGACACAUAAAGCUACAUGCAAGAGUUUUUGGGCUAGACUGGAUUCUUCCUGUGUUCUGUUGUGGUUUAUGCACUUUGUUUUCAUUUUAACAAAUAAGCAAAACAGGUGUAUUUUAAUUGAAACGUGAGUUGAAAUGUUAUAAGUUUGCUGUGGUACAUAAUACGCAUAUGAGUUAAUUGUUAGGAUAUGUUGCACUUUGACAGUCAGGUGCCAAAUCCAUCUGUUUUUACUUCCUGUUCACCUUCCCCUCCACCACCCAGACUCAGCUUGAAGUUCCUGAAAGCAGGUAGCAUCUGAAAAAGAGAGACUUACUUUUGAUUAGAGAAAUCAUCAAUUUCCUUUUACAUUUUCACAAACCAAAUGUGUGGUUUCCAUUACUUUUGUAUUGGUUAUCUGUAUUAUCUCUUGAAAUGGAAACCAUGUGUGUGAUAUACACCAAAAUUAGUUGUCAUGUUCAAGGUAAGAUAAGGUGCAGAAGGAGCUCCUCCAAAACAUGCAAAUAUAUUGACAAAUGUGUCCUCAUUCUGAGUUUGUAAAAUGUGCCUUUGUAGAGAGGGCAUAGUCUUCAUCAGUGACUGUCACAGCCAAGCAGCCCGUUGAUGCCAUGAACAUCCUGUUUGUGAAUUACAUCUAAAGGUGACAUAUUAAUGCUGGUUUAUAUCUGACUUAUUGUCUGGGUAUAGCAGCUAAUGUAUGGCUUACACUAAUCAAGUAGCCUCAGGUGAAUACAUUUGCAUAUUGCAUAUUGCAUAUUGGGCUGUGUUGUAGAAAAACAUUGUCUGGAUCUGAUUUCUGUAUGACAUAGAUAUACUUUUAUUAAACAGUAUACUUGUUGCAUUUAUUGUAUUUUUUUUAUCUGGAGAAUAGUAAAACAAAUUUCUAAUGAAGUUGAAAUUGCAUAACCCUUCCAGAGGACUGAACACAGCAUGUUUUGGUGGUGCUCCUUUGUUGCUGCACUCAGAGUGACAGGUUAGAGGUCAGGCUGAUGUAGGUGUCAAAUCCAACUGCCAGUUUUAACUAGCAACGCUGAGGUUUGACAUUUAAAAAAAACAAACAUCAUAGAGUUGUUCCUCUCAACUUAAUAUCUAAGAGUCUGUCUAAUGGAGAUUUAAUGCCUCGUAGAAAUACAUUUCAUGGUUUUAGUUACUUUUUAUUUUGAAUCCAGGUGAUAUGUAAAAAUUCAUCAUAACCUUCAGCCACUGUCCUGCUAGUUAGCAGUGAGCUAAUCUAUAGAGGGCUACACCACUAUGUCUCUCACUGAAUAUCUUCUGUGAUUGGAGAAUUCAUAUAAAUGUCGCAUUGCUCAAGACAAACAUUGUAGUUGCUUAGACUUCCAAAAAUGUGUGUGUGUGUGUGUGUGUGUGUGUGUGUGUGUGUGUGUGUGUGUGUGUGUGUGUGUGUGUGUGUGGGGAUGUGUGUGUGUGCGUGCGUGUGUGUGUUUUUAAUAGAACUAGGAAGAGCAAGACAAUUGUUGAGAUGUAUAUUUAAACUACUAUGCCUUUUCUAUUUUUAUAUAGGUUUUGUACUUCCCCUGUGUGUUGGGGAACUAUUUAUUGCCUAAAUUAUUUAUCUGAAUUGAGAUUGUUUUGAAAGACAAAUGUGAAGUCCAAAAACUACAUUUGAUCUCCUGGUGUGUGUCCUCUCUUUGCCUGUUAAGCGUUGUUUCCUUUUGGUGAUGUGUACUUUGUGUCAGUGUGGCAUGGACUGUGUGUAGGAUCCAUCAGUGCUGCUACAGUCUUCAUUGAACCCCCUCUUUGUCAUACAUGCCUCCAACUGAAUAAAUAAUUUUACAAAAACA